UCUUUUCCGGUGACGUAGACGGAAACGGCCUGAGAGCAGCACGUUGUUAGCUGCUAGCAUCUCGUGCGCAGCUCGACACUCUUCUUUAGCUUCAGACAUCAAAACAACACCGAGAUGCCGAAAGCGAAGAAGUCCAGCAGGAAGAUGCGCUUCGAUUACAACCGAGACCGGAAGAAGCUGAAGAAGAAGUUCCUCAAGAAAAACAACCCGAGGAUCGAGCAUCCACAGAUCCGAGAUGCCUGGGACAGCAGGAAGUCCAUGGCGAGUAACCUGCGGGAGAUGGGCUUGACCUUUGACCCCAACCGCAGUGUGGGCCAGCGGAAGCCUGGAGCAGCCGGAGCGCCGGUCGUCACCAAGCCCUACAUCCUGCACCAGCUGCAGGAGGAGGCGUCCCGUCCAGAGAAGGACACCAAGACGUUGUCCAGCGACCUGCUGGAGUUCGUCCAGCACAUGAUCCGACAACAUGGAGACGACAUCAAGGCCAUGGCCCGGGAUGAGAAGAACUACUACCAGGACACGCCCAAGCAGAUCCUCAGGAAGAUCCGGGAGUACCGGCGCUGCCACCCGGACCACUACCAGGACUUCAUGAGGUCCCUGGGAGACCCGCGGGACCGGCGGGAUGGGCUGGACCACAUGGACCUGUAGAACACUCCGGACACAGACCGGGUUCUUCCACAAGGAGCCGAGACCGGGACAGACCCGACGGGGGGCUCGUCUGCCGUCCGGGUUCCCCGCCGUCCCCCUGGGACGUCCUGCAGGACGCUGCUGGGACUCGGUGGAGAACCCCGGGUUCCUCUGCGAUCCUGGUACUCUCAGAGACUCUGGAACCAGUGCUGGUCAUUAAAGAUCUGUGUGGAACUCGGAGUGGCUCUCGGUGGAUCUUGACCUUUGACCCCAAACAUCCAGCUUCAGUCGCUGGAAGACCCGGUUCCUUUAGUCUGGAAACGUCAACGAGCCUGGUGCCUGGUAGAGGACCUCAGAGGACCCGGUAGAGGACCUCAGAGGACCCGGUAGAGGACCUCAGAGGACCCGGUAGAGGACCUCA